CAGAAAAUCACAAUGACGACCAGUUUCAGCAUGAGAGCCUUUCCACUCCCUGACCCCGCCGUCAACGUAAUCGGAUUCCGCUUGCUCGUCAAAGAAACGUCACCGGCGCCGCCGGACGCCGCCCCAGUCGUCCGCGCCGUGAGGGACAGUCGCGUGAAAGUCCCGUUCCAUCCCGGCCACGAUAUGUCUUCUCUGGGAAGCGCGUUUUGGUUCAUCACCUCCAAAUUGGCUGAAAGCUUCGGCCUGGAUUCUAUGGUGUGCAGCCAAUGGGCGAGCUCCAUGGUUCCCUUUGCUCUGUCCAACGUCCCGGACCGGACUUCCGGCGUGAUCCUCUCCUACGUCAUUGAGGAGAAUUUCUCAGUCCCGUCACAACCGCCGCCGCCGCAGCGUGCUCUGUUUCUCGACGGAACUCUGGUUUUCGACGCCGCCGAUGUCUCACGAUUCUCGGCCGCCCCUGUCCCGUCUUUUCCGGCCCGGGGGAGGUCUGGGAUUGAGACGAGUUAUGGCCAGGGUGCUCUGUUUGUGGACGGCGGUCUGGUUUUCAACGGUUUUGCCGAUGACCCAUAUUUCCGGGUCGCCGUUCCCCCGCCUUUGCCGGCGGAAGGUAUGUCGGAGAAUGAGAUUUCAAGCUUAAAGACGGAGGCUUUUGGUGGCGGAAAAGGCGAGGCUUGUAGUAUCUGCUUAAACGAUUUUAUCAGAGGGUCGGCGAUCAUAUCUCUAUCGCCAUGUUCCCACAAAUUUCACAAAGGCUGCAUUGCCAAGUGGCUGCGGAGAAGAAGGACCUGUCCAAUGUGCAGGACAAUUGCCUUGGUUCCUUGAAACAAAACCAGAAAACAUUCAAUUAUUAGUUUAACAGAUUCUUAUUCCAGGAUUUUGUGAAUCCUAUUUUUUUUGUAACACCUCGGCUGCUAUAUUUAUUGAACUCUAAUUUGUAGUUUUUAUGAGAUUGUUAAAUGAAAUUAUGAUAUAUAUUCUCAACU